AUGGCUGCAAUAUCAAUAACCAUGAAUCAUGUUACCCUCAUUAUUUUACUAGUGUUUCUUGCAGAAGUAACAAUGUUGAUCAAUGUUUGCUUUGCAAAGGAAGACUCCAACAUACUCUGCAUUGACACAGAGAAGCAAGCCCUUUUGAGGUUCAAGCAGGAUCUUGUGGAUCAUUCUAGCAAACUGGGCUCUUGGGAUGUCUCCAAAGAAGAAGAUUGCUGCAAAUGGGCUGGAAUUGUCUGCAACACCCUUACUGGCCACGUUUCUGAGCUCUCCCUCAAGGGUGGAUCCUUUACAGGCAAGAUCAAUUCCUCUUUGCUUAAUCUCACUCAUCUUAUUAGCUUAGACUUGAGCCUAAAUAAUUUUGGGGGGAUUAUUCCCAGUUUCAUGGGUUCUCUUGUGAGUUUGAGAUAUCUUAACUUUACACGUGGAGGAUUCGAGGGAAAAAUUCCUCACCAACUUGGAAAUCUUUCAAAUUUGUGCUAUCUUGGGCUUGGAGAUUUGUAUUAUUCUCCUGAUCAGCCAGGGUGGUACAAUAGCUUAUAUGUUGAGAACCUUCAUUGGAUUUCCACUCUUUCUUCACUAGAAUCUUUGGUCAUGAAUGAAGUAAACCUUAGUAAAGCAUAUGAUCAUUGGCUUUUGGCAAUCAAUAGAAUCCCUUCGUUGCUAGAAUUAAGAUUACAAAGUUGUGGGCUUAGUCAUACUCAUUUUCCUUCUCACAUUAAUCUUACUUCCCUUGAAACGCUUGAUUUGAGUUAUAACUCUCUUGAACUUAGAGGUUCAAUUCCUUGCUCCUUUCGAAACAAUAUGAGCCUUUUGAAAUAUCUUGAUUUUUCUAACAAUGAUGUGGAUUCUAUAAUUCCCAGCUGCAUUUAUGGUUUUCCCAAUCUUGAAUACCUCCACCUUUCUAAUAAUAAAUUGCAAGGCGCUAUCUCAAGCACCAUAGCAAAUUUGACUUUUCUUGUGAGUUUGGACUUGUCACAUAAUGCUUUAGUAGGAAAAAUACCAAAAUCUAUGGGAAACCUUUGUAAUUUGGAGGCAAUUGAUUUGUCUUCGAAUAGAUUCAAAGUUAAAGUCUCAGAAGUUUUUGAAAGCUUGUCAGGUUGCCUUUCAAGAAAGCUGAAGUUAUUGUAUUUGAAUUGGAAAAUUAUGGAGGAGGGCAGUGAAAUUGGGAAUUGUAUUACUGGUCAAAUUCCGAAUGAAAUUGGCGAUUUUUUUAAUUUAGGUCAUCUUACUGUUUCAAAUACUGAAAUUUCUGGCCCAAUUCCAAUGUCUCUGUUUGGAAAAUUACUGUCUUUAAAGUGGUUAGAUUUGUCAUUUAACAAUUUGAAUGGAUUUCUUCCAGAAACCUUGGCUUCUCUAUCUCAUUUAGAACACCUUGACAUUUCCAAAAACCAGUUGAGUGGAACUCUUCCACAUAGUCUGGGGUCACUAUCCAAUUUAGAAUUCCUUGAGUGUUCCAAUAACCAUUUGAGCGGACCUCUUCCACAAAGUCUUGGCUCUCUUUCUAAGUUAAGAUUCCUUGGAAUUUACAAUAACAAAUUGAGUGGAUCUCUUCCAAAAAGUGUUGGGUCUAGCUUAGAAAUCCUUGACAUUUCCAAUAAUCAGUUGAGUGGACCUCUUCCAACAAAUCUUGGAUCUCUCUCUAAUUUAUCAUACCUGGUCAUUGAGUCAAAUAAUUUAGAAGGUGAUGUUUAUGAAUAUCAUUUUGCGAAUCUCACGAAGCUUAGAGGAAUAUUCGCUUCCGGAAAUCAAUUGACUCUAAAAGUAAGCUCGCAUUGGAUUCCACCCUUUCAUCUUAGCACAAUGGAUUUAAAAGAUUGGUACUUGGGUCCUCAAUUUCCUAGAUGGUUAAGAUCACAAAAAGAUAUUGGACAAAUAGGCAUGUCUAACACUGGAAUAUCUGAUGUCAUCCCUUGUUGGUUAUGGAAUUUUUCUUCUUAUAAUACAGUUCUCAUUGACCUUUCUGAGAACCAAAUCCAGGGAAAGAUUCCUGAUUUUCCUAGUCAUCAUAACAUCACAAACUUAAACUUGAACUCCAACAAGUUGACAGGUCAAUUGCCUCGUAUUUCGGUUUUCGAUCUUGAUCUUUCUUAUAAUUCUUUGUCUGGUGACAUUUCACAUUUCCUAUGUAAUCCAAACGAUAAUCUGAUAAGUUCGAAUGCCGUUAAACUGUCAAAUAACUUUUUAUCUGGAAAGAUUCCUGACUGUUGGAUGUACUGGCCAUCGUUGCAAAUUAUAAACUUGGAUAACAACAAUUUUUCUGGGGAAAUUCCAAGUUCUAUUGGAUAUUUACGUCAGUUAGGUUAUUUGCUACUUCACAAUAAUAGCCUCAUUGGAGAAAUACCAGAGUCUAUAAAGAAUUGUUCAGGUUUAGUGGGUCUUGAUCUUGGUCUGAAUAAGUUGGUGGGAACUAUACCAAGAUGGCUCAAACAUCUUCCUUGUUUGAGCGUUCUCAUCCUUCGUUCAAACAAUUUGCAAGGCAUUGUUCCAAUUGAGUUGUGUGCACUUUCUGAGCUUCAUGUAUUGGAUGCCAGUAAUAACAAUUUAUCUGGAAUCAUACCAAAGUGUAUCAAAAAUUUAACAGCCAUGACCACUAAAUUACAUCAGACCAGCUCUGUUUUGAUUAAUCUCCGCACAAACUAUUUCGAGAGAGAAAGUACAUUGCGUUUUAGGCUGAUAAAAUCUGGAGUGAUUGCAUUUUUGGUGAUUAAAGGAAGAGAAAAUCAGUACAACAGAAUUUUAGGCUUUUUACGAAGCUUAGACCUUUCAAGAAACAACAUAUCUGGAGAACUCCCGAAAGAACUGACAAGUCUUAAAGCAUUACAAUCACUAAAUUUGUCUGCAAAUUGUUUAAGUUGGAGCAUUCCAAAAAUGAUUGGCAAUCUCACAGACUUGGAAUCUCUUGAUCUCUCAAGAAAUCAAUUAUCAGGUAACAUUCCACCAAGUAUGUCAAGUUUAACAUUCUUGAAUUUCUUGAACCUAUCAUACAAUAAUUUGUCAGGAGAAAUUCCAACAAGCACUCAACUACAAAGCUUGAAUGCUUCAAGUUUUAUUGGCAACCAAUUGUGUGGACCACCACUCCUUAAAACCUGUAGAGAAGAUCACGAAACAACGCCCACGGAUGCAACUACUGAAGGUGGAGAAAGACAAGAGGAAGAAUAUUGGUUCCGAUUGGGCAUAGGAAUGGGAUUUGGAGUGAGCUUUGUUGGUGUCAUUGCACCUUUGUUGGUGUGUGGAUUUUGGAGACGUGCUUACUUCUGGUUUUUCCAACACUAUUUGUGGUACAAGAUUUUGGAUUGUUUUACCAAAGUAAAGUACAUGCUGCAAAAUUAG